AUGUCGACAAAAAGACGUGAACUAUUGAGGAUUUGUGCAGUUAAUAAAAAAUCUGAGAACGAAUUCUGUGUAUUUAACGUUAGAAAAGCAGUUUUAAUAACGAAGAAAUUAUGUUUACUGAAUGUCGAAGUUUUACAGAAGAUAUGGGUUGAUAUGAAUGAAAUGGUUUUUACUGAGAACAUAUAUCUGGUUGUCAAGAUAGCUGCGUACAGGUCAACUAGUUGCUGUUUGUAUUCAGUCAAUCUUACACUGAGUGUUACAGCUAAAGUUAUAGAAACAAUAGAUAUAAAGAUAGAUGUUACAAAGAGACUUGUAGUUAUAUUCUGA